AUGAACAUUUUAAAUAACAACGAUAUGAAUAUACUUGAUUUACCUGACGAAAUGUUACUUGCUAUUUUAAAUAAAAUGAAUAUGGUCGAUGUACUUUAUUCACUUGUGGAUGUAAAUCAACGAUUUGAUCGAUUAGUGCUCGAUUCUCUCUAUAUUUGUCAUCUCAAUCUAGCGAACAACUCAUUCCUAAAUCGUAACUCUGGAAUACCUAAUCAAGUUCUCGAUCGAAUCAGUGAAAAAAUCUUUCCUCUGAUUCAUCAUAAAAUAAACAAGUUAACUGUUCAACCACUGUCGAUGGAACGUACACUUCUUAAUAUGAAUUAUCCUCAACUUCACUCUUUAUCACUUGUUAAUUUUAAACAAAAAAUACUUUUACAACAUUUAACCGGUGAUACAAUACUUUGCCAUCUUCUUACUAAUCAAAUAACGCAUCUUAAUGUUGAAAUCAUCGGUGAUAUAACAAGAGAUUUAUCUGAUGAAAAUGAAUCAAAUAUGUUUGAAUUAAUAUUAUCUUUGGGUAAAUGUCUAAUCGAUUUGACUUUUAGUCAAUGGUUUCUUAAUAGAGCCUUCGAAAUUCCGACUUUAAAUAUAACAUCAACUAGUUGUGUAUCUUCGACUCUAACUAAAUUGAACAUUGAAGUAAAUACUUUCGAUAAUUGUCUUUAUCUUCUUGAUGGACGUCUUCAAUGUUUGUCUACAUUUAUUAUCAAUAUAUUUGAAAUUUUCGAUUCAUCAGCAUAUAUAGAUAAUACAAAAAAACUACCCAAAUUGAAAUGCUUCUCAUUAAUAUCAGCAUGCUAUACACAAUUUUAUGAUAAUGGAGUUGUUUCAUUAUUACGUCGAAUGUCAAAUAUGAAAGAACUAACAUUAUUUCUUUCGGUAGAAAGGAUUGAAUCGACUUAUAUUGAUGGCAUUUAG